AUGUCCUUCUUCAGGUACGACUUCGUGGAGGUGUAUAACUUGUAUUUCAUGUACUCUGUGUACUUGUGUACUUGUGUGUACUUGUACUUCAUGUUUGUGUCCUUCUUCAGGUACGACUUCGUGGAGGUGUAUAUUGUGUAUUUGUACGACUUCGUGGAGGUAUAUAUUGUGUAUUUGUACUCUGUGUACUUGUGUGUGUACUUCAUGUUUGUGUCCUUCUUCAGGUAUGACUUCGUGGAGGUGUAUAUUGUGUAUUUGUACGACUUCGUGGAGGUGUAUAACGGUGGGGAUGAGGGAGCUCAGAUGAUCGGGAAGUUCUGCGGGAAAAUCGCUCCGUCUCCGAUCGUGUCGAGCGGCUCUCAGCUCACCGUCAAGUUUGUGUCCGACUACGAGACGCACGGAGCCGGGUUCUCCAUCCGCUACGAGGUCUUCAAGACAGGUCCGGAGUGUUCUCGUAACUUCACGGCGCCGCAGGGUCGCCUGGUCACGCCGGGGUUUCCGGACAAAUACCCGAACAACCUGGAGUGCACGCUGAUGGUGACGGCGCCGCAGACGUCCGACAUCGUGGUGGAGUUCGAGACGUUCGACAUGGAGCCCGACACCACGUCUCCACCGGGGGCGCUGUGCCGCUUCGACUGGCUCGAGAUCUGGGACGGAUUCCCCGCAGUGGGCCCUCACAUCGGGAGGUUCUGUGGUCAGAAGUCUCCGGGUCGGAUCGUGUCUCACACCGGGAUUCUGUCCAUGACCAUCACCACGGACAACGCCAUCUCCAGAGAAGGAUUCUCCGCCAACUACACCAUCCGAGAGAGAAGCUCCCCGCCAGGACACCACGCCUCCGGUGAGACACUGAGACACUGA